CGACGCCUUUUCCGGCGCGGUGCUUGGCGCUUUCCGGUAGCGGCGGCGGCGGCGGCGCUGGGCGUAGUUGCUGUGUCAGGACAGCCGGGCGGCCUCUCGCCAUGGCGGGCGAGGGCGGCGCGUACCGGCUCCGCUGCUCGCUGCUGGGGCACGGGCAGGACGUGCGGGGCCUGACCCCCGGCUUCUUCCCUCAGGGCGGUUUCGUGUCCGUCUCCCGGGACCGAACCGCGCGGCUCUGGGCUCCUGACGGUUUUAACAGGGGUUUUACUGAAAUGCACUGUAUGAGUGGCCACUCAAAUUUUGUAUCUUGUGUGUGCAUCAUACCUCCAAGUGACCUCUAUCCUCGUGGGCUGAUUGCAACUGGUGGCAAUGAUCAUAAUAUUUGCAUUUUCACAGUUGAUAACCCAGCUCCUCUUUACAUCCUUAAGGGUCAUAAGAACACAGUUUGCAGCCUCUCCUCUGGGAAAUUUGGCACAUUAUUAAGUGGAUCAUGGGAUGCAACAGCCAAAGUCUGGUUGAAUGACAGAUGUAUGAUGACAUUGCAGGGUCACACAGCUGCAAUAUGGGCAGUGAAAAUAUUGCCUGAACAGGGACUAAUGUUGACUGGUUCAGCUGACAAAACUAUUAAACUGUGGAAAGCAGGCAGAUGUGGAAGAACAUUUACUGGACAUGAAGAUUGUGUGAGAGGUUUAGCUAUUCUCAGUGAAAUGGAAUUCCUUUCCUGUGCUAAUGAUGCUAGUGUUCGAAGAUGGCAAAUCUCUGGGGAGUGUCUGCAGGUGUACUAUGGACAUACAAAUUAUAUAUACAGCAUCUCUGUCUUUCCUCAAUGUAAAGAUUUUGUAACUACUGGAGAGGAUCGAUCUCUUAGAAUCUGGAAACAAGGGGAAUGUGCUCAGACAAUCAGACUCCCAGCUCAGUCUGUAUGGUGCUGCUGUGUGUUAGACAAUGGUGACAUCGUAGUUGGUGCAAGUGAUGGAAUUAUAAGAGUGUUUACCGAGUCUUUGGAACGUACAGCAAGUGCUGAGGAGAUUCAAGCUUUUGAAAAUGAGCUUUCGAAAGCAUCCAUUGACCCUAAAACUGGUGAUUUAGGAGAUAUUAAUGCUGAUGACCUUCCUGGAAAAGAACAUCUUAAGGAUCCUGGAACAAGAGAUGGACAGACACGGCUUAUUAAAGAUAAUGGGAAAAUAGAAGCAUAUCAGUGGAGUGUUAGUGAAGGAAGAUGGAUAAAAAUUGGUGAUGUUGUUGGUUCUUCUGGAGCCACACAACAAACAUCUGGAAAGGUUUUAUUUGAAGGAAAGGAGUAUGACUAUGUUUUCACUGUUGAUGUAAAUGAAAGUGGGCCUUCCUACAAACUGCCAUAUAACAUCACUGAUGAUCCUUGGCUGACUGCAUACAACUUCCUGCAAAAGAAUGAUCUAAAUCCUAUGUUUUUAGAUCAGGUGGCCAAGUUUAUUAUGGACAACACUAAGGGGCAUACACUGAGUACAAGUGCUGAAUUUUCAGAUCCAUUCACAGGUGCUGGACGUUAUGUUCCAGGCUCUUCAUCUGGAUCAAGUACAAUACCUGCAGCAGAUCCAUUUACAGGUGCUGGUCGCUAUGUUCCUGGUUCAGCAUCAAAUGCAGUUACUUCAACAGGUGGGUUUGAUCCAUAUACAGGAAUGGGUGCUUACCAAUCAACUGCAGCUAAAGAUGAAAAUAUUUAUUUUCCGAAGAAGGAUGCUGUCACCUUUGACCAGGCCAAUCCUAUGCAGAUACUGGGGAAAUUAAAGGAACUUAAUUGCAGUGCAGUUGAAGAACAUAAGCUUACAGAAGAUGACUUGAUAACCCUAGAAAAGUUACUGUCUGCAACAUGCAAUACCUCUGCAGAAACACCUACAGCACAGCAACUUCAGACUUUAUGGAGAGCAGUUAACUGGCCUGAAGAUAUUGUCUUUCCAGCCCUAGACAUUCUUCGAUUGUCUGUCAGGCAUCCCACUGUGAAUGAGAACUUCUGCAGUGAAAAGGAUCAUGCACAACUUAUCAUCCUUCUACUUAAAUUUCUGAACCCUAAAGGAAAGGAAGCAAACCAGCUGUUGGCACUUAGAACUCUUUGCAACUGUUUUGUCAGCCAGGCAGGCCAGAAGCUAAUGAUGGAACAGAGGGAUGAAAUAAUGACACAAACAAUAGAAAUGAAAUUUGGCAGUAAUAAGAACAUCCACAUUGCGCUUGCCACACUGAUGUUGAACUAUGCUGUAUGUUUGCAUAAAGUCAACAACAUUGAGGGCAAAGCUCAAUGUUUAUCAAUAAUCAGCGCAAUUAUAGAAGUUGUUAAAGAUCUUGAAGCUAUUUUUAGACUGCUUGUAGCUCUUGGGACGCUAAUCAGUGAUGAUACAAAUGCUGUGCAAUUAGCUAAGUCUCUUGGAGUUGACUCUCAAAUAAAAAAGUAUGCCUCUGUAUCUGAACCGGCUAAAGUAAAGGAAUGCUGUAGGUUUGUCCUUAAUCUGCUGUAACUGUUUUUAUUGGCACUUGGGAGACACGGUGUGUUCAGAAGAAAAAGAUGCUUGUAUUCCUAUUUUGUGACAGACUAUAAAUGAGAAAAUACUAUGGAUUAAUUACACUUGAUUAUUUGGAAGAUACAAAACAAAUAAAACUUUUUACACUGUUUGUUGUUUGACUGCUUUUCUGAAGUUUAUAGUGCACAGGAUCUUUGCAAGAAGUCCUUCUGACAUAGCUCAGAUCAAAAUAGAUCACCAAGAAGUCAAACCAUCUCAGUACUUAAAGGUCAUCUAGAUGGGUAUGUAGGAAAUGGCUGCAAUUCAGUGACUGUCAACUCAGACAUCCAUCUCAACCACAUUUCUAAGUUUCAGCACAAUGAGUCUUUUUCUUCACUGUGCUUUUUGUCAGCAGAGAAGGGGCCCUGAGUGCUGUUAAGUUCAAUGACACUUUUCAGAAUUGUUAAUAUUAACCCUUGUCAAAUAUCCUGGUAAGGAAACAGCAUUUACCUGAUUUUCCAUCAGGUUUUUUCCACUUCCCUUUAGAAACCUAGCAGUUUUAUGGCUCUUACUGUUUUUAAUCUAGAACUAGGUGGAUUUUUGCAGGGUAGAAUCUUUAACUGCCAUAUAGAUGUUGUGCUUCACUAGUAAGUCAGUAUCUUGUAGCUUGUAAAAUGGCUUAAGCUUCUACAAAAGCUUUUCCAUGACUUUUAACUUCUAAUGACAGUAUUCCACCAGUUGAUAGCAAAUGUCCUAGUCCAUGUUGUAAAAUAUUAGAUGAUUUUUAAAAAAAAAGGUCAUCUUGAAGAGUGGGAGAAAAAUGAAAAAUUCUGGUGCAGAGAAACGGUUGAGCAGCAGAAAUUGGAAGAUGCUUCCUCAAGGGGUGGUCAGUGCCCCAGGCCUGCCAAGUGUAUAGGAAGCAUUUGGACAAUGCACUUAAUAGUAUGUUUCAACUCUUGGUCAGCCCUGAAGUGGUCAGACAGUUGGACUAGACAACUGUUGUAGGCCCCUUCCAAAUGAACUACUUCAUUCUAAAAUGUACAAAGUGCAGUUUCAUGAAGCAGCUUUAACAUAAUGACUGUAGCGACUGGGAAAACACUUUACAGCUAUUCCAGCAGCUCCAAGAUGUUCAGCUCAGAAGGGGAAUGUUAUUUCCUACUACUCCUGCAAAUAUUACACUUUGAUUUAGAGUUAAGAUGAAGUCAAGAUUAUCAAUGUUCAAAUUAGAUUUUUCAUUAGAGUAAUAGAAGGGAAAAUAUGAAAAAAAAUGGGCUUUUCUGCCACAUGAGCUCUUCAUCACAUGACACUUGUCUGCCUCACCUGUGCCAGAGGUGAAGGAUUUUGUGACCAAGAUAACUGCUUUUGUUCCAUCUAACUGAGCUGUCUGAAUUACUAUAUUACUCUCAGCAAGCCUUGUUUCUCACAUCCUUAGUUGCACACUUGUACUGUUAAAUUUGAUGAAUUUCCAGAUACAUCCUUGCAAAACAGUCUUGAUCGUGGCCUUAGUCAAAGGUUUUCUCAUUUGAUCCACUGCAGGUUCAUGCAUAAGGCAGUCCAAGAGAUUAUUCAGGAUUUACAGUGCUUAACAAUAGAUCAACCCUGCCCUGGGAAAACAUCUAAGAAGCUACCUUUAGGAAAAGUGUCUGUGAAAUAAUGUGCCUGUCUGUUGAAUUUUGGUUGCCUAGUAUACAAUUGUUUUUGAAGUUUUAGCUUUUUAAUGUCAUGCUCUUUAACUGUGUUUGUACAUGUGCUAUAUUAAGAAAUCUGUACUCAUAUAACAUUUUGGUUUUGUUAUUGUGGGAUUGCUCUGUUACAGAUUACCUCUUUAUGUGAAAACUGUAAUGAAUUUCCCAGACCAAAAAUUAACACUUAUAUUAAUAAACAUACUCUGGCAACUCUAA